AUGGAUGGUCGAUUCCCGAAACUUCGGAAGAAUGCCGAGGCAGCAGCGUGCUGCCUCUCACGUUACUCCUUCUUGUUCGUCAUGCCGACACUAGUGCGAGGUUAUCAGAGGCAGCUGGAAGAGAAUGAUAUGUAUGAGCCACUGCCGGAGCAGGAUUCUGAAACAGCAACUCGGCGCAUGACUGAGGUGAUGAGGUGUGAGAGCGGAGUGAAGAUAAUUUAUCCUGAAACAAUGACUGUUGAGGGUUAUGAGAAAUACGAAGAGUGUAAAGUGUCGGGAGCACGAAGAUUAACGCAAAAGCAAUCGAACAUUCCUAAACUUGCGAGAAAUUACAAUAUAUUUCAUUUGUUGCAACCUGUUGCGUUGGGACUCUUGAUUCGAUAUUUCCGUUAUGAUUCGCCGCUUUCGAAGAGGGAUGCUUAUUUGGCAGCUCUGGGUGUGGGUAUGACUAGCAUCAUGAUACCGAUCAUUCAUCAUCCGUAUUUUCACUUUUUGUUAAAAUUUGGUUUGGAACUGAAAACCGCAUGUUCCGGAAUGAUCAUGCAAAAGGUUUCGAUUUUUUUUUCAAAAAUCUACUUCCUUUCAUGCCGUGAACGGAGCCGUUUCUCGAAAAUUGCGCUGCACCCGGAGGGAAUCGAACCACUGCUCUUUGCAUCCGGGCAAAUGUGUUACUACUACACCACCGAUCCUUUGCUUUAG